AUGUUUCUUAAUCAAACUACUUACGCAGUUGGUAGUCAACCAUGGUCAGUAGCAGUCGUCGAUGUGAAUAGCGACAAUAAACCCGAUAUUGUUGUUGCAAACUCGCAACCGAGCACCAUCAGUGUUCUUCUCAACGCAGGCAACGGCACCUAUAAUGCGCAAACUAUUUACGCCACUGGUAGUCAACCAUGGUCAGUAGCAGUCGUCGAUGUGAACAGCGACAGUAAAUCCGAUAUUGUUGUUGCCAACCGAAAUUCGUACAACGCCGGUGUUCUUCUGAGCGCAGGCAGUGGCACCUUUAGUGCUCAAACUACUUACGCAGUUGGUAAUCAGCCAUUAUCAGUAGCAGUCGUCGAUGUGAAUAGCAACAAUAAACCCGAUAUUGUUACGGCAAACUAUGGCGAUAGCACCGUCAGUGUUCUUCUCAAUGCAGGUAGUGGCACCUUUAGUGCUCAAACUACUUACGCAGUUGGUAGUGAACCAGUUUCAGUAGCGGUCGUCGAUGUCAAUAGUGAUAAUAAACCCGAUAUUAUUGUUGCAAACGCGGGUUCGAACACCGUCGGCGUUCUUCUCAACACAGGCAGCGGCACCUUUAGUGCUCAAACUACUUACGCAACUGGUGCUGUACCAUAUUCAGUAGCAGUCGUCGAUGUGAAUAGCGACAAUAGAUCUGAUAUUGUUGUUGCAAACCGAGAUUCGAAUACCGUCGGUGUUCUUGUGAACGCAGGCAGUGGCACCUUUAGUAAUCAAACUACGUACGCAGUUGGUAGUCAACCAUGGUCAGUAGCAGUCGUCGAUGUGAAUAGCGACAAUAAACCCGAUAUUGUUGUUGCAAACGAGGGUUCGAAUACUGUCGGUGUUCUUCUCAACACAGGCAAUGGUACCUUUAAUGCUCAAAUUACUUACGCAGUUGGUACUAGUCCAUACUCAGUAGUAGUCGUCGACGUGAAUAGUGAUAAUAAACCCGAUAUUGUUGUUGCAAACUAUAAUGAUGGUACCGUCAGUGUCCUCUUGCAUUGUUAA